GCCGAGUUCAGAUGACAGGUCUGCGCGAGAGGGAGUGUCCAGCGCGCAGUGCAUUCAACACGAGCCUGACGCCACGCGCAUCCACAGCAUUCAACCGCGCCACCGACAGCGCACAUUCACGUGAACGUCCUCGUUGAAGAUGGUGUUUAUGGGGAAGGUCUGCUGCUUUUUGCUCUUCUGUGUUUUUGAAGCGAGCGUCGCGCGCCGGACCGAAGAAGCGGAGACUGUGGAGAAGAUUGAAAGCGCGCGCUGCGUCUCGCGAUGCCUGACGCUUCACAUCACGCAGAUCACCGCGUUAUUCAAACACCUGCAGAAUGACCGUGUGUUGGACUGGUGUGAGGACCACAGGAGAUGUUCACAGUGCCUACAACCAUGCAAGGAAUUAUGGGAAACAAGACGAGCCCUGUCUCCCAAGACUUGCGAGAAGCAUCACGAGUGUGUGACCAGUGCUGAGUUCCUGCGCUCGCUGCGGUCACAGAAGCAGGGCGACUGUCCUCCGCCCCAGCGGGCGACUGGCUUCGCUGCAGCCUGUGUGGAGGGCUGUGGGGUCGACCGAGAGUGCUCCGGCUUCAAGAAGUGCUGCUCAAACGGCUGUGGACACACCUGCCAGUCCCCAGCCAACCUUUACAGAGGAGUGCCUUUGAAGCCAAGGAGAGACAUUUCCUUUUCCGAGGACCAGCACGGACAUCUGAAGGUGACGUGGAUGUCCAAGUUCAAUGUCUCUGUUGAGCCGGUCCUGUAUGUUCUUCAGAGGAGGUGGAAUCACGGGAUUCACCCCAGCGAGGACGACGCGUCCACCUGGCAGACCGUUCUCAUGACCGUGGAGGACCGCUCCGUGUUGAAGGACAUCCGGCCCCACAGGUGGUACCAGUUUCGAGUUAGCGCAGUCAACAGUCAGGGCACGAGAGGCUUCACCACUCCCAGCAAGCAUUUCUUUUCUGUACGAGAUCCGUUUCCCCCAGAGACCCCACAGAAUGCCAGAAUAGGGAACCAGACGGUUCACCCUGAUGGCACGGUGAGUGUUCUGGUCCUGUGGGAGGCCCCUGGGGAGAGCGACUUGGUGGUCCACCAUUACAAGGUGACCUGGAGCACUCAAGGAACACCCCCAACCAGCCAGAGCCGGGCUGGACGGGUCACAGAUGGGGAUUUAACACAGAUGGAGCUUCAGGGUCUACAGCCCAACACACACUACACUGCACAGAUUCAGGCCAUCUCUUACUGGGGUCAGAAUCGUCUCAAGAGCAGCCGAGCUCACCUCACCUUCAUCACCGCUGCAGCCAUCACAUCCUCGAAUGGGAAUGUUCACCUUUCCAGAGAGUUCUCCAAUGAGAUUCCCGUAUCCCAUUCCUCUCCCAGUAUCCUGAGGCUGGAAGCGGCCGCCCCUCAUUAUCACGACAACCAGCUGCAGGUCAAGGUCUUCUGGAAGAGCCGAAUCACAGGCAACCAGAAGGAUUCCAGUUCAUAUAUUCUGAGAUGGUUUCCUGAAGUUUGUGCCCAUAACGUGACGAAAGGCGAGAAAACAGCCACAGUUCAGGGAACACAUUUCGUGAUUACUGGCCUGCUGUUUGCCUGUAAGUACCGUGUGGCAGUGAAGCCCGUUACGGGACUAGAGCAGAGGUCAGAGGUCAUGACCUCUGUUACCACCCCACUUUGCUCAUCACUGAUGGGCCGACGGAAAAAACCUGCUGCCUGUGCAAGAGAUGAGCGCCCUCCUCAGGUUAAGAAAGCCCUGCAGCGGCCGGAGAAGCUGGCAGCGUGGUUUCAGCCGGUGAACGGCUCGGUGCAGGCCGUGUUCAGCUGGCAGGUGUCUCCAGAGAGCACGGGACAGACCCCCAUCACCGGAUUCCAGCUCUCCUGGGUCAAAGUGUCCCGCAGCAGCACCAACGGCACGCUCGUCUCCCAAACACACAUCCUGCCCCCCGAUCAGCGCUCCCUGACUGUAGAUGCGCUGCAGCCCCAGAGCGAGUACAGGGUUCAGGUGCAGGUCCUGUCUGGAGCAGGACACGGACCCUCGGUGUCUAAGACCCUCCACACCCCUCACGUGAACGGCACACUCCUCUGAGCUGGAGGAAAGAAGUGAGGAAUCAAGCUACUCAUAUAUGAUACAGUGCUUGUGUUGUUCCUCGUUUGGACACGUGUGUCUGUUAAAGGACUAAAUGUAAAGCACUCUUCAUCAUCAGAGAGACCGGAGCUGUUGUAAUGGGACGAGAGCACUGGCACCAGACCAGCGUGAUCACAGAAGA